UGCAGUUACUGGCUGGACUGAUUUGAUAUGGUGGCUUGGCUUUACUCCCCUUCAAAGCCAUGUUUUUAAAGCAUUUGCCAUCAUCCUGGUUGUCAAUUUUGUUCUGAUUACGGUCUUCUGGUAUGUGUAUGCCCAGCGGAUCUCUCACACGCUCUCUUACAACAGCCUACGCAUAGUUGAGGACAUCCUGAAAAGGAACACAAACUUCAAAAUCAACAAAGAUAAUCCUGCCCGCCCUUAAUAUUUAACUCAAGGAAGGAACCAUGGACGCUUUAAAGAAAUUCUUUGAAAAGAAGAAAGCUGAUACAAAAUUCAAGCUUGCAGGCAAAGGACACAGUUUGACCAAGGAGGAGAGUGAGCGCUCCAAACAACCAAAACAGAAUUACCCGCAGCAGAGGCAUGUUCCAACACAGGAUGCCCAGCGAGCUGGUGCUGCAGCUCUGGCUAGGAUGGAGACUCAGUCUAAACGAGUUGAUGUUAACUGGUCCCUCCAAGCCAUAAAGGCCCAAGCUAGACGAGAGCUGGAAGCUGAGCAGAAGGCCUUAGAGCAGCUGAGCCUUGAGAACCAGGCAGCACCACCUGGGCCCAAGGAGGUCAGCCUGGAAGCAGCACCCAUGCUUGCUGUACAAGGAGUUUUCUUCCACUGUCCUUUACUUGGGCCAGAAGUUGCAACUUAUGAGGAAAUCAAAAGACAAAUCCGUGAAUUUCUGUUUUCUCAGAUAGAAGAAGAUAAAGGCAUAGCAGCUUGCCUCAUUAUCCAAACUUGUAACAAAAACAAAGAAAAGAUUAAUGUGUGUAAUGAAACUUUGUGCAAGUAUAUUGAAAAUAUUGUUUCCAACCCCAGUGAGGAAAAGUAUAGAAAGAUCAGGAUGUCAAACAAAGCUUUUCAAGAAAGGAUUCUACCUAUUGAAGGGACUAAAGAAUUCCUUGAAGCUGCAGGAUUUGUUGUUCAGGAACUACCUUUCAAUGAAGGAACUGACAAGUUUUGGGUGUUUCCAGAAGACAAGCUUGAAGAUCUGAGUACCUUAGAGCAGUUACGUGAUGCUCUGGUAAGUGCCGAGCCCGUGCGACCUCAGUUGGACCGAAGUGCAAGAGUUCUUUUGCCCACUGAGGCUGCCUCACACACAGACUUGCCGGCAGAAUUUUUCAACCUAACAGCAGAGGAACUUAAAAAGGAAAUGCAGCAAAGAGCUACUGCUGUUGAGCGGAGUAUGAUACUCCAGACGAAAGCUAUGCGCGAUCGCCAAGAGUUGAGGGAAAUGAGGAAGUAUAGGUUUAGCUUAAUAAGGGUACGCUUCCCAGAUGGUCUAAUUCUCCAGGGGACCUUUGGGACAUACGAGAAGUUUGGAGAAGUAAUGAGCUUUGUACGGGAACACCUACAGAAUGAUUGGCGGCCAUUCUUUUUAAGUCUUAGCAGUGGUGGAAAGAUAACCGAAGAGGAUCAGAGCCUGGUUGAACUUCGAUUGGUACCAGCUGUUGUCUUCAAUUUUACGUGGGAUUCAAGUGUGACCGAUCCAAACUUGGACGAUAAUCUUUACCUCAAACAGGAGACCUUGAUGCUCUUACAGAAUAUGUCAUAGACUGGAGGCUUUCCAUUUUGAAUAAAGAAAUAUCCAUGGUGUCUUUUGUACAUACCAGCCAUUGGUCAGUCAGGUGUGAGUAUACAUGUAGUGUUAAAUUUGACUACUUUUUUGUUGACAGGAAUUAACGUAAUUCAUCAAUAUAGGUCAUAUUUAGUCUAUUGUCAUUUAAAUUUGCUAUUAUUUCCAGUGUUUAAAAACAAAACAAAAUAUCAUUAUACAUACAUAUAUAUAUGAUGUGAUAAGGCAAUGUUUCUUGAUAUAUAUAUAUACAGAACAAACAGCUAUCAUGCUUUGAUGUGCAAGAUAUUUGCCUGCUGGCUCAUAAAACAUGUGAUACUAGUUUCCCAAACACUGUUGAUAAAGUAUUGUAUCAGCAGUCUGAAGUUUACCAUGUUAUUGAAUCUUCCUAAAUCUGGUAAAGGAGGUAUCACACAAGCAAGUUUUCACGCACAACCUUCAAUGUUCAUGCAAGUGUUUGUGCUCUGCAGUGCGAAAUAGGAACACAUGGUCUUUUGAAGUAAUUGUUAAUAAUCUAAUACUUUACUAAAGUCUGGCGAAGUUAAUCAGUAAGAAAAUUAUAUAUUGUGUUGAUUAUGAUUUGAAGCAAAUUGUAAAAAAGAUAAGGGAAGAAAUGACUGAUUGAAUAGAAAUUUACUUAGGCCUUGUCCAUAUGUAGGCAAACAUAAUUAUUAUAUUGCACAUUAGGGCCUGUCUGUAUAUAGGGCAAUGCCUGUGUGAGCAAACAUAAUUACACUAUUGCAAACUAAGGUGGGCAAAAUUUGACAUAGCCACUUCAGAGUUUUUCCAUAGUCUUAGUAAAAUACUCCAAAUCAAGUUCUGACCUAGACCGCUAUGGACACAGUAUGAGUGUGAUUAAAAGGUCAUCAGACCUCAUUCCUGCCACCCACCUAGUUUAGGUAAUACUUUUGCCCACAUUGACUACAGCCCUGUGCAUAGGAUGGGUUAAGUCAUUUAUUGCUUAUCAUACGUUGUAUUAAUUCUGAAGCAAAUUUCAUUUGUAAGCCAAUCAUUCAUCUUUUUAAGCCAUGUCCAGACAAGAAGGCAAGACCAGAGGGCAUGCCUGAGAAGUGGUGGUAAAUACGAGUUAACUACUGGCUAAAUAGCCAGUCUUAGAGUGGAAAUGGUUGCUUAACCAGUGGUAUCCCUUCCCAGCCUGUCACUUUUGAGACAUGCAUUCAAUAAUGCCCACUCCUCUAGACAUAGCCUCUUUUAAUGUAUAUGAAUAAAAGCAUAAUAAUUGGCAAGUUCCAAUAAUUAUGACCGGUGUCCCAAGAGAGAGAAAAUAAACUAGAUAAACUCUCCUCUUAAGGGCCCACCCACAUGAUUAAACAGCCUGAUGGGCAUUACCUGUUGCUUGGGUAUGUACUGUAUGUGGGCAAUUCAAAUGUCUUCUUUUAGUGACUGAAUCAGUCAAUCCUGGGCAGAAUCUAGAGCAGGUAGUCAGCAGAUGUUUGUUUAGGAUAAGCUUAUAUAAAUGAUGCAAUUUGAUGAUUUUGUAUUUAUGUAAAGUUAACCACCAAAUUACACACUAGGCCCUCAAUGAAAUGUAGGAGAAAUCCAGGGUUCUCUAAGUAUCCCAGAAUCUAUAGAUGGUAGACAAAGCUUCAUUUUAUUGGAAUUUCUGUUCCUGGAUAACCUAUUUCACUGAAAUAUUAUUGAUAAUUGCAUUAUGGUGAUGACCAUUCUAGGCUUUAAGAUUGGAUCAUGUGAAUGGGCCUUUACUUUGUUUACUUUUCAUUGGGUAUCAAGUAAACCAUUAACCAUCAGUCCACUUUCAAAAUUAACAAGGCAAUAUACUUUUGAAAUGUAAUGCCCAACCAAAAAAAUGCUGCUUGUGUGAUAACCUCAUGUUAAAUUAUAGUAUGAUGAACAAUGCUACCUGCCACACAGUACAUGAUAUGCAUGUAAAGAUUUCUUGGGUUUAUAGCAUUGCAUAUGUGGGCAAUCUGAAAUCGGCCUUUUCAUGUGUAUAUAAAUUAUUUCAGCUGAAUAUUUCAAUCAUCAGUUGAGACUUUAGUCACAUUGUAUUUAAAGGUAUCUUGUCUGGUGCCUGUGCUAUCUGCAUUUUGCCAAUUGAAGACUGUUCCUAUUGUAUUUUGUAAACUUGUUACAGCUAGAUGUGCAUGUAGUUUCUCAAAUUCCCUUUAAUUAUAUAUAUUAAAUUCAA